GCCUUUAAGGCUUCAAAACUUAACCUGGUCUUUUUCUACAGGGUCAAUAAACAAGUCUUCAUAAAGUGGAUCUGAAAAAGAAUAAAAUUAUUUAUCUUGUACCAACACAUUUAUUUUCAUCAGGCUCUGAAUAUCAAGUAUCAACCUAGUUCCAUAUUAUUUACUAGUAAUCAUGCCACUGCCCCCUGCAUUGGCAGCUAAGCUUGCAAAAAGAGGCAUCAUUAGAAAUGCCACGCUGCCUACAUCUAAGAAAGAUGCCCAAAACAAUGAUGGAACUGAGGCUCAACUAGGUGGAGGCCAAACUGAAGAAAUCAUUGCUGAGAGUUAUGACGAUGGCACCGCCCAGCAUACCAACAGUGAAAUGCUGCACACAACUGCUAUGCUGGCUCCUCCAAAUGAGCAAGUUAUUCCUCCUUACAUGGGCUAUAGUCUUUGCCCAAACAAGUGGAAUGUAUACCACGACUGUACUCCAGGCUGUGUGGAGAUAUGGGGUAGAACACCUAAACCAUUGGAUCCUGAGUAUGAGAGGAAGCGCCUGAAAAUGGUGAACAAGUAUCCCUUGCCUGCCAACUGGAUGGAGGUGUUUGACCCUGGCAUGAGGCGCUACUACUACUGGAACUGCGAUAACGAGUUUGUCUCGUGGUUGCCGCCUGGUCAUCCCAAAUGCCGCGUGUCUCGCAGCGCCGCUGACCUGCGCCGUGUACUGCACACUGAAAGAGCUCAGCGGCUUGCUGCCGAGGCUCAAGAGAAGGCGAACAUGAGCGACGACAGCGACAAUGAUUCAUCCUCGAGCAGCAGUGGCAGCAGCAGUGACUCGGACGAUGAGCACUCUAGCCCCAACAAGAAGAAACUGAAGAGGAAAAGAUCCCACAGCGUUGAAGGAAGUGAAGAAGAUUCUGAUGACUCGGAUGGUUCAAUGUCACCAUCUUCCCGGCUAACUCCACCUCCCCCUCCACCGUCCUCUGAGCCGCCGCCUCUGCCUCCCAUGGAGAGACCUAUGCCACCUCCUCCUGCUAGGGGUCCUUCAUCUGGCCGAGGAACUCUAACCUCCAGCAACGAGGGCCCUCCAUCUGGUCCCGGGAGUCGUAAGGAGCGACCGCGACGCGGCGGGCGAGUGGGUGGCCGUCCACGACCUCCUCCCAAGGACGACUUGGACCCGAUGGAUCCGGCAUCAUACGGCGACUGUCCAAGAGGUUCAUGGUCGAGUGGACUGCCUGACCGCACAGAAGCCAAGACCGGCGUCGACACUACAGCAGGCGGCCAGCUCUACCAGCAGCGGCCUUACCCGUCGCCCGGGACUGUGCUGCGUGUGAACGCCACCUCCACAGCAGGGCCGGUCUUGCCAGACGCCAAAGAUAAGGAGUGACGGGUUCCAUGGCAAGCUUUAUUUCUAAUAGAACUUUAAGAUAUAGGUACAACUUUUCGGCUAGUGAUGUGGCGAAAAAUUCUAUCUUUAUACAAUGGUUUUGAAAAUUGUAGUUUCUGAACGAAUGUAACAAGUUUGUUGUGCAUUGUACUGAGGUAUUAUUACUGAAUGUAAUUACGUGUCAAACAUUGAUUUUUUGUCGUUUUAAUCAUAAUAGAAAAACAGCACGGAACGAAGACAGGUUUUAUUCGAGGCAGUAAUCACCUGAUUCUGAAGCUUAAUCUCGAGUCUGGAAUGCAUUUUGUCCAAUCAUGGGAGCUCAAUUCGUGUUAAAUGGAAACUUAGUUACGCUAUUUAGAAAAUUAUUGCUUGAAAUUUGCUAAGAACUUUGAGUUUAGGAAAUCAUCUAAGGAAAAAUAAUAGACAAAUAAUGGAAGACUAAUUUUAUUUCUCAUGUACUGGUUCUUAUAUACAACCCCGACAAAUUCUGAUUUCUAGCCUAGGCUAAUAUUUACACGAUGAAAAAUAAUGCUAUUUGUUAUUCCCCAUCUACUUAUUUCAGUUACAUAUAGCUGAGAAAAAUAAAAUUCUUGUUGUACAUAAAUCUAUGUAGCUAUUCUUAAAGCUUUAAUGACUUAGGACUGCGACUUCGGUGAAGAAGAGAUACAAGGUGCGCUCUACAUAAACGUCAAGCCGCCAUUUGCAACUCCGCUCCUUAUUGCUGGACUCUAAAGCAGACUUUUUGUGACACUGCAACGAAGAUUCAUACAGGUUACUUAGCUGCAUUAAUCGGUUAUAUCUGUCUUAAAUUAAACAAGAUUAGUAAAGAAAGGACGUUAUUCUUACAUUUAAGAAAAGCAACUUGGGCCGGAUGAGAGACGGAAGAUACUAUUAACGGUAGGAAUAUUGUUACAAGCGAUUACACAAUAUGUGGAUUUAGCAAGUAAGUACUCAUGA